CUAAACACUUGUUGAGAAACGUGUUAAGAUAUUGAAAGGCAUAUCACGACAAUUGGAAUACCAAAAUAGAGGCUUUAGAAUGCCAUAUUCUGAAGAAUACAUCAGAAGUAAACUGAUCAAACAUCUCCAGGCCUCUCACGUCUAAACCGAUUCCCCCAAAAACCUCCAGAAUGCCCGAGUGUCCUCUCGUGCUUCUGAUAUCAUCAGCGAUAAUCUUAAGAUGGUCGACAGCUUACCAUCCUCACAGUGGUGAAGGCAAGCCCCCCAUGUACGGCGAUUAUGAGGCCCAGCGUCACUGGCAGGAGAUAACCCUGAACACACCCCUAGUCCACUGGUACCACAACACCACUGACAACGACCUCCAGUACUGGGGUCUCGACUAUCCGCCCCUGACAGCAUACCAUAGUCUCCUGCUGGGUAAAAUCGCGAGGAUGGUGAACCCCUCGUACGUGGAGCUGAAGAAAUCCCGGGGUUUCGAGUCGCCUGAGCACAAGCACUUCAUGAGGCUGACAGUCCUGGCGACAGACCUUCUGAUCUACAUUCCCUCCAUCAUCCUGUACUUCCGGGCUUCCGAGGGUCCAGAAAAAAGUGUCAACCUCAGAGGGAAUGGAAAUAUCUUCAGCUUGAGACGUCAGCACUUGCUCAUCCUCUCGUCAUUGCUGUACCCCGGGUUGAGUUUGAUCGAUUACGGCCAUUUUCAGUACAACUCGAUCUCCCUGGGUCUCUUCGUUCUCGCUGUCCUGGGGAUAAUGAAGGAUUCCAUAGGCCUCGCCUCCCUCUUCUUCGUUCUCGCUCUCAACUACAAGCAGAUGGAGCUCUACCACUCACUUCCUUUCUUCUUCUACAUCCUGGGUGUCUGCGUGAGACUCAGGGAGAAAUCCCUGAUGGCCUCGGUGCAGCUCCUCGUGAAGACACAGCUCGUUGUCUUGGCGACGUUCUUUGUUAUCUGGGCGCCAUUCCUAUGGAUGUGGCCAGCUGCUCUCGAUGCUGUUGUUAGGCUCUUUCCGGUGGGGCGAGGACUCUUCGAGGACAAGGUCGCCAAUUUUUGGUGCUCUGCCAAUGUCCUCGUCAAGCUCAAGACACUCUUCAGCAAUGAUGAACUCUUCAAAAUGUCGUUCAAGGCCACUAUUGCUGCUGUCUUUCCCUCCAAUUUGGAUCUGUUUCUCCAGGCCAACAAGGAGAAGUUCCUUCUGUCCUUGAUUAACACUUCGUUGGGAUUCUUCUUGUUCUCGUUUCAGGUCCAUGAGAAGUCUAUUCUCCUCGUGGCCGUUCCGGUAAUUCUGUAUUUCCGAAGAGAUCCAUUCUUCUGCUUUUGGUUUCUUAUUGUCUCGUGCUUCAGUAUGAUUCCCUUGAUCAUCAAGGAUGGACUGUUCAUCGCUUAUUGUGGUUCCAUGGGGAUCUACUGCCUGGCUGUGGUGAUGAUUAUUCCAGAGGUGAUGGACACCUCUGGGUGCUUUGGAAGGAGGGGGGGAAGACUUGCUCAGGGGGCACUUAAGGUGGCAUUUGUUUGCUCGGCUGCUGGAACUGUUCUCCUGUCCUUUGGGAGUUUCUUCCUGGAACCCCCGGAGAGAUAUCCAGAUCUCUUUCCACUUCUCGUGUCGGUUUAUUCUUUUGCACAUUUCUUCGCGUUUCUUGUUUACUUUAAUGCGAAACAAUUUUUUUUUACUGGGGAGGGUGUGAGAUGAGGGCGUAAGAGAAAAAAAUAUUUAUGCGGUUGUUGAUAAGUUUAGGGUAAUUUGAAAUUCUUUAUAAGAACAAAAAUAUCUUAUUUUUGUGACAAUUGGGAAAAUCUCUCUAUAAAUAUUACAAUUCAACGGAAAACGCUUGAACAAUUUCAAUUGAAGAAUGAAUUGCUUAAAAUAAAAAUCUAUUCAUUUUGUAAAGUUAAAUAUUUUCUGGGGAGAAAAAUCAACAAAUUUUGAAUCGCAUAUUUUGAUAAGAGUCCAUUGUCAUUAACAAUAUUUGGGAACAAUCCCUUGACUGUAAAAAAUGAAUGAAAGAUUGUCCAACGCUUCAUGUGAAUCACUGACUGACUUCAAUCUCUGUAAUUAUAUUUUUAAUACUAAAAACAAACCUUGUAAUUUAUGUAUAUUUUAAAAUCACUGUUUAUCAAUAAAUUCCAUUGAUCGACAUGAAAUAGUAA